AUGGACGUAGAGAACAAAGGAACCAGACUCAAACCUACGUUUCUAUUAUUCCUUGUCAUUCUUCACCUUUUCUUUUCCACCCUAGCCAAAUCUUCUUUCACACCUCAUGUUAACUAUCUCCUUGAUUGUGGCUCCUCCCACCCCACUCAGCUCACAGAUGGAAGAACCUUCAAAUCUGAUCGUGAAACCACUUCUCUCCUAGCCACAGCUGAAUAUGUGCAAAUAUCACUUUACUCAAAUCUCUCCCCUUCUGUUCCUUCUUCAUUGCUUCCUUUGUAUCAAACUGCAAGGGUUUUUCAAGAGGAAUCCACCUACUCCUUUUACAUAUCCAAAACUGGUAGACUUUGGAUUCGCCUUUACUUCUUCCCUCUCUCUAACCCUUCCUAUAACCUAACAACUGCUGUUUUCUCUGUCCAAACUAAUCACCACGUGCUCCUGCACGAGUUCUCCGCCAGGAACAAUGACUCACCUGUUUUCAAGGAAUACCUUGUUAACGUUUCUGAUAGUAGAUUUUCCCUCAAAUUCAAGCCCAAGAAAAGCUCCUUUGCGUUCAUCAAUGCAAUUGAGGUUGUCUCAGUCCCUGACGCUCUUAUUUCGGAUUCAGCAACUGCACUUUCCCCACUUGGUGAAUUCAAAGGCUUGUUCAAUUCUGCUCUUGAAGUAUCCUACAGAAUAAACGUUGGUGGUCCCACCAUAACUCCUGACGACGACACUUUGGCAAGAACAUGGGAAACUGAUGGUUCAUACAACAUCUUCCCACAGGGUUCUGAGACUAUUUCUGUCUCCAAAAAAGGCAUAAAGUAUCCUGAUACUGGGGUUACACCUACGAUUGCUCCCAACUUGGUUUAUGCAAGUGCUAUACACGUGAAGAACGCUACAUUCAUGCUACCGAAUUUCAAUCUCAGUUGGAUGGUGAACGUGGAUAGGAGCUACUCUUAUUUGAUAAGAAUGCAUUUCUGUGACAUUUUGAGCAGGAGUCUUAAUCAGUUAUACUUUAAUGUGUACAUCAACGGGAUUGAGGGUGUAUCAGCUUUGAAUCUAUCAUCGCAAACCAAAGCUCUAGCCACUGCUUUUUACCAGGACUUUGUGUUAAAUUCACGGGAUGUCACAAACGGUUCCAUUUUGGUUCAGGUGGGACCGACCGAUGCAAUUCUGAAUGGAUUUGAGGUGAUGAAGAUUAGCAACAUCGCAGACAGCUUGGACGGUUUAUACUCUGUUGAUGGGAAAUACAAAGGGCCAUGUUCAACAACCAUGGAAAUGAAAAUUUUGGCUUAUGUUGGAAUUGCAUUGGCUGUGACAACAAUUCUGUUGCUAGUAAUAACUUGCAUAAGGUGGAAAAAGAGGCCUCAAGGUAGGGAAAAUCAUAACAGGUUCUCAUCAAGCCCCCUUCCUGUCCAUUCCCCUAUAUCGUGUUCAAGCAAAAGCAGUUGUCGAGGGUCAACAGCAUCCAGUUCCCGCAAGAGCAAUAAACACGAUCAUCGUGUCACCCCACAAGGGCCCAAAAGGUUCUUCCCCUUUAGUGAAAUGCGACAAGCCACCAAUAAUUUCGAAGAGAAAAGAGUAAUUGGUGUUGGAGGCUUCGGGAAAGUGUAUCUUGGAACGUUGAAAGAUGGGACAAAGGUUGCCAUAAAACGAGGAAGUGGUAAUUCAGAGCAAGGCAUCAAUGAAUUCAGAACAGAACUGGAAAUGCUGUCAAAGCUACGCCAUCGCCACCUUGUCUCAUUGAUAGGUUUCUGUGAUGAAAACUCAGAGAUGGUUCUUGUGUAUGAGUACAUGGCUAAUGGCCCUUUUCGUUCUCACAUCUACGGGUUCGACCUGCCUUGUUUGUCAUGGCAAAAGAGGCUUGAAAUAUGCAUUGGUGCAGCUCGUGGGUUGUACUAUCUCCACACUGGCGCAGCUCAAAGCAUCACACACCGUGAUGUGAAGACAACAAACAUACUCCUAGAUGAGAAUUACGUGGCCAAGGUUUCUGACUUUGGUUUGUCAAAGGUUGUCCCAGAUGAAGCUCAAGUUAGCACAGCAGUGAAGGGUAGUUUUGGGUACCUUGACCCUGAGUACUAUAGGAGUCAACAACUAACUCAGAAAUCUGAUAUAUACUCUUUUGGGGUAGUCCUAUUUGAGGUAUUAUGUGCUAGGCCAGUUAUUUGCCCAACACGUCCAACAGAAGAGAUUAACUUGGCUGAAUGGGCAAAGAAACAGAAUAGAAGAGGAUUGGUGAAUGAAAUAAUUGAUCCACGUAUUGGUGUUACUAUGAAUCCUCAAUCACUCAGUGUUUUUGUUGAAAUUGCUGAGAGAUGUUUAGCAGACUGUGGUGUUGAUAGGCCUAGCAUGGGGGAUGUGUUGUGGCAUUUGGAAUACGCGUUGCGCCUACAAGAACCUGCCUCACGGAUUGAUGAAGCUGAAGAUAAAAGGGCAAUAUAG